GCGUUCGAUUCGCUGAUGGCAAUUGUUAUCCAAGUCUCCGCACCAAAACGCCCACAGCAGGAUAGCAUUUUCAGCGCUCGCCUCUUGAUGUGAUUCCGUUCAUGCCGGUGGCACCGUAGUUACUUAAAUAGCCCCUCCAACUGGCCAUGUCCCACAAGUCCUCCCCGUCCUACGCCACUUGUCUACAGCAUCCCUUGCACCAUGGAUGAGUUCCACAUCGUCUUUGAGGCUCCCCAGGAGGGUCAGGCGAAGAAGAAACGUGCCCGCCUCGUAACCUCCUGCGACCACUGUCGCCUCAAGAAGAUCAAAUGCGUUCAGUCGCGAAACUCGUCCAAGUGCGAGGCAUGCUCGGCUGCCCGCGUGGCAUGCCGUUUCCACGACAGAGAGCAAUAUUUCGCUGAGCGAGGCCGCAUCAUGUCUCGCAACUCUCCACCGCGCGGAGGCCGCCGAGGCAGCCAAGCAUCCGUGUCAAUUAAGGACCCAAUGCGAGAGCACUCCAGCAGCCCACACUCUGGGGGCUCGUCUGCGUCCUCCUCGGACACCCAUGCCAGCUCUCGCUACAUGGCUGGAUACGGUUAUCCCAUGUCCGAGUCGUGGGCGAGUAUUGCAGACGACCGAAUGACAUACAUUCCCCCACAGCCGAUCUGGCAAGCCGCGAACGACUUUGCAGCACCCGCGACGUUCUCCUCUGCACCCAAAGUUAGAGGCUACCACGAUCCGGGUCUCUACGGCGGUUCCUCGGAUGUCCAGCCCGCUCAACAGUCAUACAUUUUACCGCUAUUCGAUCCACAGUGUCCGGACCGCCCCAACGCAACGCUGAUGAUGCACUUCAUACAAACCUACUUCGAUCAUUACGGGUCGUUCCCAUGCCUAGCUUACGACGAGACGGUGAAGCAAUUCCUCGAACAAGACUUGUCUCCUCUUAUUGCUUCCGGGAUCGCGGCCCUCGCAGCGUGGUACUCUGAUUUACCAGAAGUAGUGCGGCGGGGUGCCGCUGAUGUUUCAGCCGCAUACUGCUCGCAUGCAAAGGCUCUGCUCUCACGGACGCCACAAUCAACUUCCUUAGAGACGCUACAUGGCUUCAUUCUCCUGGCAUUAGCAGAGUACAAACGAGCACGUUUUCCUGAAUACUGUUCUUAUGUCAAGAAAUCGAGCAUGCUGUCGGAUCAGCUGGGCCUCUCCGACGGAUCGCUCCUUCAGACGGCUACCACCGAAUAUGAGCAGACAGUACUGCGCAAUACAUGGAGCAUAGUACGGCAGCUGGUGACGACGAUGGACACCUGGCCCGCAUAGAGCAUUCCUAUCAUCAUCGACUCGCAUAACACGCUAAGUUAUUCUCUCAUUGUCCACAUCAUCUCGCUCGACGCGAAGGGUACGCCCGUGUAUAAUAAUACAUGAUAGCCGUAUAGGUUAUGUCAGGGACACCGCACACGUGAAGUCCACUCCCUUGAUACGGACACAGAUGCCUACGGAAUCAUUGUUCGACUUCGACUUCGACGUACGAUCAAGGGACAGCGCCCGGCCAGGUUGACGUCUCCGGCGCUCAUGUUCAAGGCUUUAUAUUCAUGCUCGCAGUCUGACAUGGCUCCUUUAUCACG